CGCCACUGCAAAACCUCUCGACGGACUCUGUUUGCUAAUGCAUCGACCGGUUCAACCGUCAAACCUUGUAUGAGCCCCCACGAUAGACACCGAGACAAGGAUCUGAAGGAUUUUCAGCAGUUAGUGGCUGGUUCUAUCCAGAAUCUGGGAACCUGGAUGCUACGAUGGACCGCAAAAGGGCUGUAUAAAUACCAUCCAAUACCUCCUGCAUAACACUUGUCUCCUCAGCCUCUCAGCCUCAUCUCAUCUGCCAAUCCCAGAGCUACUUCUCUCCAUCCCCAAACAACCGUUAAGAUGAUGUUCAAGACCACCGCCGUUGCCCUCCUCCUCGGAGCCGCCACCGCCACUCCCAUCUUCGGCCGCGCAGAGACCAGCACCACAAAGUCUGCUGCCCGGACCACCGCUACCAACAGCGUGUACGAUUGGUCUGAGGGCUGGACCAAGGACUACCCCAUCCACCAGUCCUGCAACGCGACACUCCGUCGCCAGCUGGCCAAUGCUCUAGAUGAGACUGUUCAGCUAGCUCAGCACGCAAAGGAUCAUCUCCUCCGAUGGGGAAAUGAGUCUGAGUUUAAGCAGAAGUACUUCGGUAAUGGAUCUACUGCUACGCCUAUUGGUUGGUAUGAUCGUGUUAUCAACGCCAACAAGGCUGGUAUGCUGUUCCGUUGCGAUGACCCUGACAAGAACUGCGCUACCCAGGACCAAUGGGCUGGCCACUGGCGAGGUGACAACGCCACCACCGAGACCGUCAUCUGCCCUCGCUCCUUCGAGAUCCGCCGCAGCCUCGACUCCGUCUGCGGUCUCGGCUACACCGUCGCCCAAUCCAAGCUCAACACCUUCUGGGCCACUGAUCUCCUCCACCGCGUCCUCCACGUCCCCACCAUCAGCGAGGGUAUCGUCGACCACUUCGCCGAGGACUACGCUGAAGCCAUUGAACUCGCCAAGACCGACCCUUCCAAGAGUGUUAUCGACAGCGAUGCCCUUCAGUACUUCGCUAUUGACGUUUACGCCUAUGACAUUGCUGCUCCUGGUGAGGGAUGCACUGGUGAGGCUGAGGAGAAGGAGACUCCUACCAAGGCGGAGUCUGCCAAACCUAGUGCUACAAAGGAGGCUCCUAAGGAGUGCCACACUCACAGUGAUGGUGUCGUCCACUGCUCUUAAAGGAGUGAUCUGGUUUUCGAUUCUCAAGACCCUUUUCUGUUGAUUGUCGAUUAAGUUGAGACCGUUAUUGGUAUCGCUUUGACGACAAGCCGCUAUCGAUAUAACCGCUUUCCUGCUUGUGGUAUAUGGCAAAUCAUAUCGACCGCUGUAUCCAAAAGAUGCAAUUGAUUUCGGCGCAAGUCGAUACUGGUAGAUUAAAUGGACUUUCACAUAGAUGGCCCAGCAGACAACAAGACAUAAUGAUAAUUAGUACAAUACACAAUCGUUCCGGACAGUUGACCUUUAGUGCAUCCUGUGUAUUUUACAGUAAUUGAGCCAUUGAUUUUUGCUUUUAGAUUUCUUAUAUCAUAAUCCUUUAUUUGAUAGGAAUAUGCAGCCGUGCCACGAUUAAAAUAAGUAGCGGGUAUCACCAGUUGUUCAGAUUAAAGUAUAUAUAGUCUCCAAUCUCUUUGG